GCGAAGGGUCUCGAAAAGAGAGCUCCCGCUUUGGGUCGCUCAGAAGCAGCUGAUCGCGCCAGACACGUCGUACACUGCAGCGCACUUGCAACCUGCCGUCUAGAAAAUUUUCCAAACCGCCGCAGCGACUAGCAAGGCGAAGAGAGCGAAACCGCGAUGUCGCGCCCGACUACCGACUCGGAGCGGCGAAAGCAGAUCAGCGUGCGAGGCAUCGCCCAGGUCGAAAAUGUUGCCAACGUGAAGAACGCCUUCAACCGGCACGUUCACUACACGCUGGUCAAAGACCGCAACGUGGCUACGCCUAGGGACUACUACUUUUCCCUGGCCUACACCGUCAGGGACCACCUGGUCGGCCGAUGGCUCCGCACGCAACAGUACUACUACGAGAAGGACCCCAAGCGGGUGUACUACCUCUCUCUGGAGUACUACAUGGGCCGUUCUCUCACCAACACCAUGAUGAACCUCGGCAUCCAGAACGCCUGCGAUGAGGCCCUCUAUCAGAUGGGUCUCGACAUUGAGGAACUGGAGGAACUCGAGCAGGAUGCCGGGCUGGGCAAUGGUGGCCUUGGUCGCCUGGCAGCCUGCUUCCUCGAUUCCAUGGCCACACUAGGCCUGGCAGCCUAUGGAUAUGGCAUCCGCUAUGAGUACGGUAUCUUCACCCAGGAGAUCACCAACGGCGAGCAGACUGAGGUGCCAGACGACUGGCUUCGCUUUGGCAACCCAUGGGAGAAGGCUCGCCCAGAGUACAUGCUUCCUGUCAACUUCUAUGGCCGUGUGGAGAAGACCGACAAGGGCUUCAAAUGGGUUGACACACAGGUUGUGCAUGCCAUGCCCUACGACAACCCUAUUCCCGGGUUUGGCAACAACGUUGUCAACACCAUGCGCCUAUGGUCAUGCAAGUCGCCGAUCAAAUUCAACCUUCGCUUCUUCAACAACGGCGACUACAUUCAGGCUGUCCUUGACAGAAACCUGGCAGAGAACAUCUCCAGGGUGCUCUACCCCAAUGACAAUGAAUUCGAGGGCAAGGAGCUUCGUCUGAAGCAGGAGUACUUCAUGGUCGCGGCGACACUGCAGGACAUCCUUCGCCGUUACAAAUCUUCCAAGUUUGGCCAAACAGAGGCGACGCGCACCCACAUGGACCAGUUCCCGGAGAAGGUGGCCAUCCAGCUCAAUGACACGCACCCGGCGCUUGCCAUUCCGGAGCUCAUUCGCAUCUUCAUUGACAUCGAGGGCCUCAGUUUCGACAAGGCUCUGGAACUGACGACUAAGACAUGUGCCUACACGAACCACACAGUGUUGCCAGAGGCCCUGGAGCGCUGGUCAUGCUCCAUGCUGCAGAACAUGCUUCCGCGCCACCUGCAGAUAAUUUUCGACAUCAACGCACAUUUCCUUGGCGAGGUGAGCAAGAAAUACCCCGGGGACCAAGACCGAAUGCGGCGUAUGUCGCUGGUCGAGGAGGAAGGUGAGAAGCGCAUCAACAUGGCUCACCUGGCAAUUGUGGGCUCGCACAAGAUCAACGGUGUGGCACGGAUCCACUCCGAGAUUCUCAAGAAGGGCCUGUUCAAGGACUUCUACGAGAUGUACCCCGAGCGUUUCCUGAACAAGACCAAUGGCAUUACUCCCCGCCGGUGGCUCCUGCUCUGCAACCCUAGUCUGGCCGAUCUCAUUGCCGAUAAAAUUGGUGAAGACUGGAUCGUGCACCUGGAGCAGCUGACCAAGCUGAAGCCUCUGGUCAACGACAAAGCAUUCCUGCGAGACUUGCAGAGAGUGAAGCAGGAAAACAAGAUGCGGCUGUGCGAGUACCUGCACAAGACGACGGGCAUCAAGCUCAACCCAUCGUCCAUGUUCGACAUGCAAGUGAAGCGUAUCCACGAGUACAAGCGGCAGCUGCUCAACUGCCUGCACAUCAUCUGCCUGUACAACCGCAUCAAGGCAGACCCCUCGGCGCCCUUCGUGCCACGUACCGUCAUGAUCGGUGGAAAGGCAGCUCCGGGCUAUUACAUAGCAAAGCAGAUCAUCAAGCUGAUCAUUGCGGUGGGCAAUGUGGUGAAUCACGACCCUGUGGUUGGGGACAAGCUGAAGGUGAUCUUCCUGGAGAACUACCGCGUCAGCCUGGCCGAGAAGAUCAUCCCGGCCGCCGACCUCAGCGAACAGAUCUCCACUGCCGGCACAGAGGCUUCAGGCACUGGAAACAUGAAGUUCAUGCUGAACGGUGCUUUGACCAUUGGCACCCUGGACGGUGCUAAUGUUGAGAUGCAAGAGGAAAUGGGCCCGGAGAACAUCUUCAUCUUUGGAAUGACCGAGCCAGAAGUUGAAGACCUCAAGAAGAGGGGCUACAAUGCCUGGGACUACUACAACAAGCUGCCAGAAGCGAAGAAGGCCAUCGACCAGAUCAACAGUGGUUUCUUCAGCCCAACUAAUCCAAGCCUCUUCCAUGACCUCACCAACAUGCUGCUCAACCAUGACAGGUUCUUCCACUUGGCCGACUUCGAGUCGUACAUGAAGUGCCAGGAGCAGGUCUCGGCCAUGUACACGAACCAGGAGGAGUGGACCAAGAUGGCGCUGCUCAACAUCGCCUCCUCGGGCAAGUUCUCGAGCGACCGCACCAUCUGCGAGUACGCCCGCGAGAUCUGGGGCGUCGAGCCCUCAUGGGAGAAGCUGCCCCCACCACACGAGUCCAAGGGCGACGACGAGAAUAAUUAAAAAAGAUGGCGGCCAUACGUGGGACUUCGGCAAAGGAGGCCCUACUGCCCAUCAACUGCGGGCACGAGCUGCUGCUGCUUCUGCCAACCAACAACGCGCCGACAUCAAAGCUGAACUGUCCAUCUAACCACUGUGGUUCUUAGUCCCUAGGCAUUGAGGCUCCAUUUCAUAGGACUAAGAAAGACAAAAAAAGAAAGAAAGAAGAAAAAAAUACUGGCCUCAUAACGAAGUAGCCCCCACCAUAAAAACUUCAUUUUGUUGCUGUAUUCAUGGCAUUAUUUGAACAAGACAGAGUUUCACCGGAAGCUGAAGACUGGAAGUGAUCAACAGAGGACAAACAAUUACUGUCUCUGGAUUCAACAGAUCUUUCAUCAGCGGCUGGCCUUGAUGAGGACAAGCAAGUCUGUGAUGAAUUGUUUACUCCAGAGCCAUCCCUUGUCUGUUGAUCACUAGCGUGUGUUGGUGUUAUAGAUUGCUAAGCUGUUUUUUGAGAAGGUUGCGUACAAUGUGAAAGUCUUGUGGGAUGUGACAGGUCUGGAAAUUUAACGUAGUCAGUGCUAUAAGUGAAAGGAUUUGCUGAUGCAAGUUUAAAGGAUUAAAUCUAUGGCUUAGUAAUUAGAAGUUCUUCGUGGAAGUGAAACUGCUUACAUGGAAGCGCUGUGUCAUCUGUAACCAUUUGUUUGGCUUCAACAAGGGCUGCAAUGUGGCUGUACUUAAGGAUUAUGGAAGAAAGGUUGAUUUUGCUAAAGUUCCGCUAUGUUGCGUUAGUUGUUCUCAUGAAUAAUUUUCAGUCCCUUUAAAAUGUUCAGAAGUGAUGCUCUAGCAUUGGCAUACUACAAACAGCCCAUAGCUCUUGACAUUAUAGUGUGUGGCCCUAAAAAGGGCUUCAGGCUAGGUAGUCAAGUAACACUGUUGUCUAUUCUCUGAAGCCAGAAAAGUCCAGUCUUGUAGACCAUGAGCGAGGCACUGCUUUAGUGUGCACUGGGACUAGUGUCAUUUGCCUGAUUAGAGAAUCAGUCAUCGUAAGCUUUAUUGUGUUUAGUAUAUAGCAUAGUUCAGCUUCCUUGUACAGGCUAUCAUCACUAUCUUCAGUCGGUCUGAAGCAAGAAGAGUGUAGUGGUCAAGACUAUCUCUUAAUGGUUGCUGGUUGGGUCGGGGAAAUAUGUGGAAUAUCUAAAGUUUGCAGAACACAACUUCUGCCACAUAAGAAUGACUUGCAGGUUGAGAGAGCUAUUGGUCUCAAUGAAUGAAGCGUGCUGUAAUGCAUCGAAAGGUCGGUUGAACCUGUAAGAGCAUUUCUAUGAAUAUUUCCAAGCCCAACAUAUGUAUAAGAUUAUCGAUAUGGAAAGCUUGCUCACUGCCACCUGUUGUAAUAUCCCGAGUCGUCAACCAUGCUACACAAAACACAUAACUCGCCCUCCAAGAAAGGGAAGUCCUCAUUACGUUAAGGGCGGAAAAAGUCCCAUCUUUUGAGUGUUGACGUACACCGGCCACAACCAACAAUGGAAGUGUCAUAAAAAUUUGCCAGAAACAUCCUAGAAUGCUUUGUUUGGUGCCCGAUCAGAAGGCUUUCUUAAAGUUGCGUUUGCAGGAGCUUUGAACAAGUAACUGGCGACUUACUGAUUGGUUUUUGUGGGUGCCAGUCGCUAGUUUUGAUAGCAUGGUAUUGUACGUGUGGCUCUGCAAAAAGCACAGAAAAGGGGAAAAAGAAUUUAGGAAAUGGGCAACCUAUAAAAUAUGUGGGACUACUUGGGAUAUUUUGGUAGGCUUAAUUUCUUUUCAUUCUUGCACAAUAUGUCUACAUUGCAAUGUGGCAGCCACAUUUUGCUUGUGAUAGUGAGCGAUAGUGAGCGGAAUCGCAAGGUCGCAUCAAUCAUGGUGCAGCUCUUGGCAUUUGGAGAGGUGGGAAGGAGAUUCAA